UUAUUUGUUUGGCGUGUUUUGUUAUUUACCGACUAUUUGAUUCCUGGAACUGAGAAUAAUCAAUACUGAUGUAUAAUAGAAAUGUCUGUUAGACCUGGUUUAUGUGAUUUACCUGCAGAAAUUAUAACAUUAAUAUUUUCUCAUCUUGAUUAUACUGAUUUAAGAACUUGCAAAUUUUUGAAUAAAAGGCUGUAUGACUUAAGUAAAGAAGAAAAGCAUUGGAAAAAAUUAUGUCGGAAAUAUUGGUUGCAAACCUCCUGCCCAUAUGGGCGAACAUGGGAGGAGCAUUUUAUUCAUUGGUAUCGAGAUAUGGGAGCAUACGUCCAUUGUUAUGCUCAUUUGAAAAAGACUUGGGAUAGAAUUCUUUCUUAUUUCAAAGUCAAUUGUCCUCUAAUUUAUCAAACUAUUAAAGAUGGAGUUUCAGAAGAAGAGUUAGAUCGUGUCGAAGAAAGUAUAGGGAUAGGAAAAUUACCGACUGAUUUCAGAUGCUCAUAUCGAAUUCAUAAUGGGCAGAGGCUAACUUCUCCUGGGCUGAUGGGAAGCAUGAGUAUACCUGGGCAUUAUAGAAGUGAAUCUCUUCUUGAUCUUGAUACUAUAUUGGUUGGAUACAGGGAAGGAGACGGUUUGCUUGGUUGCAUCCCAUUAACACUCUGUCUUCAUUCUGGCUUGACACAAUAUUUAGCUGUUACAGAUACAGACGGUUAUGAACCUAACACCAUAUUUUAUCCAAUAACAGGUGACCGAGUAAAUGGGAAAACUCCUGUUGAUGCUUUUAUAUCUGGAACAUCAUUCCAAGAUUGGCUCACUGGUCAUGCAGAUCAUCUAGGGAAUGAUGAUUUUCCUAUACUCCAGGAUCAACCAUUUCGAUUUCUACAUGAUUCUGCAUCUGAAGAAAGUGCAAAUCAUAUAACUGUUUCUGUUGCCACAUGUUUUCUACCUGAGAUCAGCAUGAUAAAGCCUCCAAAGUUUUUUCACACUUAUCGUAUCACCAUGUCAAUGUCACGAGAUGCACCACAAUCUGAGGCCUGUCAGCUUGAAACCAGACACUGGUACAUAACUGAUGAUAAUGGUUGUGAAGAACAAGUUGAUGGGCCUGGUGUUGUGGGGGAGUAUCCUGUCAUGUAUCCUGGGGCUAGUUUUUCUUGGGUUAGUAGCACAAGUUUCUCAACCACAUAUGGAAAUAUGAGAGGCUAUUUUCGAAUGAGAAAUUUGCAAACAAGUGAGCGCAUUGAAGUGAAAUGUCCCAUAUUUCAUAUGAAGUGCCUGCCAUACAUAACUUCAGAAGAACGUGAAGCUGCCAAAAAUAGAAAAAGGACUUCAAAUGUUUAGUGUAUCAUGACUAUUAAAUUCAUUUUUAUGUGCAUUCAAAUAUUUUAAUAUUGCAGAAUCUUCAUUAUUUAGGUUAUAAAUAAAAGAGUUACGAAUAAGGAAGAUUCUGCCCUGCUAAUUUAGUCAAUUCGUGAUAGAGUAUUAUUGAGUUAAAGUAUCACUUAGCAUAAUACACUACUAUAAUUUCAUUAUUACAUGAAGUUAAACUAGUUUUCAUCUUUUCAUAACGUGAAAUGUAACUUAUCUCAUUAGAUGAAAUUAGGGCUUGUAUAAUGGCGAUAGAAUGUGUAUAAUUGUACAGAUUUAGUUAGAAAAAAAAACAA